AUGUUGUAUCUAACACAAGACGAAUUGAAGAAAGCAAAGAACACACUGAUGAGGAUGGUGCAGUGGCAAGCAUAUUCAGAAGAGAUGAUCAAAUUGUCGAGGGGACGAACGGAUCUAGCGAAGUCAAGUAAUUUUUAUCAGAAUUCUCCAACAGUGGAUGAAUACGGGGUGCUACGGGUUGACGGAAGAAUUGGCGCUGCUCCGCACAUUCGAUUCGACACUAGGUAUCCGGUAAUCCUCCCAAGGAAACAUUUUGUUACCGAGCUAAUCGUAGAUGACUUCCAUCGUGCUUUCGGUCACGCUAAUUCUGAAACCGUGCUGAACGAAAUCCGUCAAUUCUAUCACAUCUCUUGGCUGCGGGCAGUUGUGAAGCAGAUCGCAGCUGCGUGUCAGUGGUGCAAAUUGAUGAAGGCGAAACAGACAGUUCCACGAAUGGCACCACUCCCAGUGGCUCGAUUAGCAUCGUUCACACGACCAUUUACCCACACCGGUAUUGAUUUGUUCGGACCGCUGUUUGUGAAAGUUGGAAGAAGCGCUGUGAAACGUUGGGUUUGCUUGUUCACUUGCUUGACCACUCGUGCAGUUCAUGUUGGGGUUGCCUACAGUCUUUCUACGCCAUCCACCGUGAAAUGCAUCACACGCUUCGUUAAUCUUCGCGGGUCGCCGGCAGAGAUUUACACAGACAAUGGCACUAACUUUACGGGCGCCGAUCUACUGCUUGGGAAAAUGAUUGAUAAAAUAAAUGGGGAAUUGGCAGAAACGUUCACAAACACGAAUACAAAGUGGAUUUUCAUACCCCCAUCGGCACCCCACAUGGGCGGAUCCUGGGAAAGGAUGGUGAGAUCGAUGAAGACAGCUAUGGAGACUGCGUACUGCAACGACCGGAAACUGGAUGAUGAGGGUUUGGCGACGCUGGUUGUUGCGGCCGAGGCUAUUGUUAACAGUCGACCGUUCACAUAUUGCCUUUGGACGCAGACGGCUCUCACACCAAACCACUUCCUCCUGGGAAGUUCCAAGGGAGUACACCAGCCGUCAACAGGAUUUACCGAUCCUGCGCUGGUGGUCAAAAGCUCCUGGUAUCAGAUUCAACACCAACUGGAUAUUUUUUAG